CUAGCUAACACAAGUCAGUAGGCAGCUAGCUGUCAGUCGCAACGGAUCGUAUAUACUAGUAGUACCCCGGAAUCCAUUAAAAUGUCCACCAACAAAUGGGAAUCCGAUGAGGAGAUCCAGUAUUUCCGCGAGUAUCUGCGCAUUCCAAGUGUUCAUCCCGAUCCGGACUAUACACCAUGCGUCGAAUUUCUCAAGCGUCAGGCCGAGCAAAUCGAUCUGCCACUCAAGGUUUUUUAUCCAGCAAAUGAACGAAAUCCAGUGGUGAUUUUAACUUGGGAGGGUCUUGAACCCGAGUUGCCCAGCAUUUUGCUGAACUCACACAUGGACGUAGUUCCCGUGUUUCCUGAAAAUUGGACCCACCCACCAUUUGGAGCAGAGAUCGAUGAGGAGGGUCGCAUUUUCGCCAGAGGAACACAGGAUAUGAAAAGCGUGGGAAUGCAGCAUCUUGCAGCCAUCAGGGCGCUGAAAAAAAGUGGAGCAAAAUUUAAACGAACUAUCCACAUCUCUUUCGUAGCGGAUGAAGAAAUGGGUGGUCGUCAUGGAAUGAGACCCUUCGUGCCCACUGAGAAUUUCCGUGAACUUAAUGUUGGAUUUGCAAUGGACGAGGGAUUGGCAUCACCGAAGGACGAUUUUCCUCUUUUCUAUGCAGAACGGGCAGUAUGGCGUGUAUAUUUCCACAUCAGUGGGUCUGCAGGUCAUGGAUCCCUUUUACUGCCCAACACGGCUGGUGAAAAGCUCAACUACAUAGUUGGAAAGAUGAUGGCUUUUCGUAAGACUCAGGUCCAGAGACUGGAGAACAAUCCAGAGUUGGUAAUUGGCGAUGUGACGACGAUUAAUUUAACCAAAGUCAGUGGUGGAGUUCAGAGCAAUGUGGUGCCUCCUUUGCUGAUGGUGUGUUUCGAUUGUCGCUUGGCUCUGGAUCUAGAUAUAGAGGAGUUUGAGGCCAAUCUCCACAAAUGGUGUGAUGAUGUGGGUGGUGGUAUCGAGAUUACCUACGAACAAAAGCAACCUAAAGUACCGCCCACCGCCCUCGAUGAUAGUAAUCCCUUUUGGGUGGCUUUCAAAAACGCCACUGAUCAGUUACAACUGUCCAUCAAUCCACAAAUAUUUACCGGUGGAACUGACAGUAGAUAUAUUCGUGCUGUUGGCAUCCCAGCUUUGGGCUUCUCCCCCAUGAAUAAGACACCCGUUCUCCUCCACGAUCACGAUGAGUUUAUCCAGGCGGACAUUUAUCUGCGGGGCAUCCAAAUAUUUCAGAAAAUUAUAAGCAACGUAGCUAAUGUCUAGUUAAUCCCCUUUAUCUACUCCCUUUUUUGCCACCUUUUUUGUAUAUGAUAACGGUUAUGAGAUAAAAAUAAACUUCUUGAAGAGAUGUCUUUAACAAA